UGGCCAGGUAGGAAGGCUGACUACUGUCAGCCAGCCAGCCCCAGAUAGCAGGAAAACAGUUGCCCAUGGUCGCCCAUCUCUGACUGGGAGCUGCUCACAUGUCCCUUCCACAAGCCUCAGCUAUCAGGAGGCCUUAGGCUCAGAGGUUUAGUCUUAGGGGACAGGAUGCUCUAUAGCCUUUCUCCAGACUCCACUGUUCUGCUUCUCUCUAGCCAGAGGAGGGGUGUACACACCCCCAAGGACCAAGACGUGCAACCCCCGCCAGAUGUGGGGGGUGGCUACCCAGAGGUAUGCCUCUUGCCCAGCCCCACAGUCCCCACCUGCUGCUGCUGCUGCUGCUGCUGUGCCUGCCAAGGGCACCCUCUGCCCAGGUAAUGGACUUCUUGUUUGAGAAAUGGAAGCUGUACGGUGACCAGUGCCACCACAAUCUGAGCCUGCUGCCUCCACCUACCGAGCUAGUCUGUAACAGAACCUUUGACAAGUACUCCUGCUGGCCUGACACCCCACCCAAUACCACAGCUAACAUCUCCUGCCCCUGGUACCUGCCUUGGUACCACAAAGUGCAGCACCGCCUGGUGUUCAAGAGGUGUGGGCCUGACGGGCAGUGGGUGAGAGGGCCCCGGGGGCAGCCAUGGCGCAACGCCUCCCAGUGUCAGAUGGAUGAUGAAGAGAUCAAGGUCCAGAAGGAAGUGGCCAAGAUGUAUAGCAGCUACCAGGUGAUGUACACUGUGGGCUACAGUCUGUCCCUGGGGGCCCUGCUCCUUGCCCUGGUCAUCCUGCUGGGCCUCAGGAAGCUGCACUGCACCCGAAACUAUAUCCACGGGAACCUGUUUGCAUCCUUUGUGCUCAAGGCUGGCUCUGUGCUGGUCAUUGAUUGGCUGCUCAAGACACGUUACAGCCAGAAGAUUGGAGAUGACCUAAGCGUGAGCGUCUGGCUCAGUGAUGGGGCGGUGGCUGGCUGUCGAGUGGCCACAGUGAUCAUGCAGUACGGCAUCAUAGCCAACUAUUGCUGGUUGCUGGUAGAGGGUGUGUACCUGUCCAGCCUGCUGAGCCUUGCCAGCUUCCCAGAGAAGAGCUUCUUUUCCCUCUACCUGGGCAUUGGCUGGGGGGCGCCCCUGCUGUUUGUCAUCCCCUGGGUGGUGGUCAAGUGUCUGUUUGAGAAUGUCCAGUGCUGGACCAGCAAUGAUAACAUGGGCUUCUGGUGGAUCUUGCGCAUCCCUGUCUUCCUGGCCAUACUGAUCAAUUUUUUCAUCUUUGUCCGCAUUAUUCACCUUCUUGUGGCCAAGCUGCGUGCCCAUCAAAUGCACUAUGCUGACUACAAGUUCCGGCUAGCCAGGUCCACGCUGACUCUCAUCCCUCUGCUGGGGGUCCAUGAGGUGGUCUUUGCUUUUGUGACUGAUGAGCACGCCCAGGGCACCCUGCGCUCCACCAAGCUCUUUUUCGACCUCUUCCUCAGUUCCUUCCAGGGUCUGCUGGUGGCUGUUCUCUACUGUUUCCUUAACAAGGAGGUGCAGGCGGAGCUGCUGCGGCGUUGGAGGCGAUGGCGAGAGGGCAAAGCCCUGAAGGAUGAACAGACAGCUAUCAGCCAUGGCAGCCACAUGGCCCCUGCAGGGUCUAGUGGUGGUGAUCCCGGGGAGAAACUUCAGCUUGUGAGUGCAGGCAACAGCAAUGGGACUGGCCACCAUGAACCCUCUGUGGACACCUCCUUUGCCAGUAGUCUCUCAGGGUUGGCUGACAGCCACACCUGAAUCUCCACUGGAGCCCAGCCAGGCUGGAUUCAGAUUACAGGACAACUCAGGACCAGAUGCCUGGCCAAGGCUGGGGAGACAAUGCAGCUAGACAACAGCUUGUCCACACUCCCCAAACCUGUCCGGACCCUGGUACAGGCCACACUGAUGGAGUGAGGGUGGAAUAUGAUGGAGAAGUUGUGCUAUAGACUCUGGGUGUUCCCAUGUGUAUUGACAUGUCCCAUGUGCACAGAUAUAUGUCCUUCA